AUGGAAUCGUCAUUACUGCGCCACGGUUCCUUGGCCCUGUUAGUGGCUCAAGACACGGCUCUUGUGCUCUUAAUGCGCUACUCUCGACAACGGUCAGGAUCUAUGUAUAUAUCAUCUACGGCAGUGUGUUCCAUGGAAGUAAUGAAACUAAGCGUUUGUUUCUUGAUGUUAUUAUGUGGUGAGGCACACGGUUCGUUCGGGAUGCUCGUCUUCAUGAUUCGAAAGGAAGUAUUGGGUAGACCAAAGGAGGUUGCCAAGCUUGCAUUACCAGCUCUUCUCUAUUUGAUACAAAACAAUUUGCUUUAUUUUGCAUUGUCGCAUCUACAAGCUACACCUUACAAGGUAACAUAUAAUCUGAAGAUAUUGACCUCUGCAUUUUUUAGCGUCACGCUUCUGGGUCAGCGGCUUGGUCGCCGCAGGUGGAUAUCACUCGUCGUACUAUUCCUGGGUGUGACCAUAGUCCAGACAGAUAACCCGAAGAAUGAACUAAGCAGACACCACUCAGGUCUCGGAUCCCAGACUCUGGGUUUUGUUGCUGUUGGCGGCGCUGCUAUUACAUCCGGAUUCAGUGGAGUCUACCAGCAACGAAUCCUUCAGAGCUGCAAAACUGACAUGUGGAUCCGAAAUGUGCAGAUGGGUGUCACCUCUGUUACCUUGGGUUUUCUUUGCACAUUUCUCAAGGAUCGCCAAGCCAUCGCGGAUGGUGGAUUCUUCCAGGGAUACUCGCGUCUCGUCUGGGUUGUUGUUUCUCUUCAGGCUCUCGGUGGACUCAAUGUAGCGUUCAUUCUCAAGUAUGCAGACAACAUCCUGAAGGGAUUUGCCGCUGCUUUUUCGACAAUUGCUUCUUGUAUAAUCGAAAUGGUAUUAUUUCAGUUUCGACCUUCGCCCCUCUUUCUGUUUGGCAGUGCUCUUAUCAAUAUAGCAGCUUACUUCUACAAUACGCCUGCCACAAAACGACCAACCAAAUGUGACGCCAGUGCUCUCCACUCAGUUUGA